CCCUACCCGAGGUAAAAGUGGUAGACGCAAAAAAAAAAAGAAAGAAUAAUGCUUAAUUAGUAUCUCCGGCAACUUGAACCGAACUUUAGGAUCAAAUUAGGGCACAAGGACCUCUGUGAAGCAGAAGCCAUGGGAAGAAAAAAACUAGAAAUCAAACGAAUCGAGAACAAAAGUAGCAGACAAGUCACCUUCUCCAAACGACGCAACGGCCUCAUCGAGAAAGCUCGUCAGCUUUCUGUUCUCUGCGACGCAUCUAUCGGGCUUCUCGUUGUCUCCGCCUCCGACAAGCUCUACAGCUUCUCCUCCGGUGAUAAGCUGGACAGGAUCCUUGAUCGAUAUGGUCAAAAACAUGCUGAUGAAUUUAAGGCCCUGGAUCUUCAGUCAAAAGCUCUGACCUAUGGAUCACACCAUGAGCUGCUAGAACUUGUGGAAAGCAAGCUUGUGGAAUCAAAUGUUGAUGUUAGCGUGGAUUCCCUCGUUGAGCUAGAGGAUCACCUUGGGACUGCCCUCUCUGUAACUAGAGCUAGGAAGGCAGAACUAAUGUUAAAGCUUGUUGAAAGUCUCAAAGAAAAGGAGAAGCUGCUGAAAGAAGAGAACCAGGUUUUAGCUAGCCAGAUGGGGAAGAAGAAUAUUGCGGGAGCCGAAGCUGAUAACAUGGAGAUGUCACCUGGACAAGUCUCCGACAUCAAUCAUCCGGUAACUCUCCCACUGCUUAAUUAGCCACCUAUACUCGGCGGUUAAAUCAAAUCCUAAAAGGCUAAAACAUAUAAUUAAGCAAAAAAUAAGCUAUGUAGGUCCUCCUCGCCCUUGCUGAGGGUGCACGUUGUAUAUCUUAAUUCUCUCUUUCGCUGAGAGACUCUGUGUGUAAUAUAACUAUGCUAAGAUUAAAUAAUGAAAAAUCUAUUUGAGACAA